CGCUAGUCGCACCGAUUGCCAGUCUUAGCAAGGUCGCUCUCAAGUCGACACGCGAGUGCAAGAGCGCAGACAUAACUUUAAACGCGCGAAAAAUGGCAGCUACCGAAGAACUAAGCGGAAUUCUAAUGAGGAGACAGGCCAUCAACGACAAACUCGAGGAGGGCUUAGAUAUUAAACCGAAAUAUAAAUUCGUCAAUGUAUUCACCGAGUUCCACGAAUUUAGCAGAAAGGAAAUAAAACAGUACGAGCAAACCUUCAACAAAUUUGACGAGGGGCGAGAUGGCUAUCUAGAUUUGAACGAAGUAAAACGCAUGAUGGAACGUUUGGGGGCUCCUCAAACACAUCUUGGAUUAAAAGCUAUGAUUUCUGAAGUAGACGAAGAUUGCGACAACAGAAUUAGUUUUAGAGAGUUCUUACUUAUAUAUAGAAAAGCGAGGGCAGGAGAACUGGAGUCCGAUUCAGGGUUAGAAGCAUUCGCGAGACUCACCGAAAUAAACGUGGACCAAGUCGGUGUAAACGGGGCGAAAAAUUUCUUCGAAGCUAAAAUUGAGGAACUAUCUAAAACUAACAAGUUCCACGACGAAAUAAUACAAGAACAGGAAGAAAAACGUCGCGAGGCAGAAGAAAAGGCUGUAAGGAAACAGAGGUUCAAAGAAAAAUCAGCCAUCUUUCAACAUUGAUUAGACUAAGUUUAGGUUGUUGUAUCUAGUCCAUAAGCUGUUACCAUGUAAUAUGUUUAAGAUGUAAAACAAUUUCGUAUAAGUUAAAUGUCGUUAGAGUUGAGUGUUCGGUCAUCAUAGGCUUAUGUUCAGAGAAGUUUUCUGGAAAAAAUAUUACAGCUAUAUUGCUUAAGCUGUUAUUUCGAUAUUUGGUCCAAUCACCUAGAUGCCAUUCCAAUCUUUUAUGUUCUCAACACGUAAGCGCAAAAAGCAUUUGUUUGAUGACUUCCUUAUGCUUUGCUCAAUGCGUUACGAAUUUUGAUGCAUAGUAGUAGUGAACUAGUUUCCAUCUAGGUCUCGGAUUAUGUCAACAUAAUAUUUUUAUUGUAUAAAUUGUUAAGUAUAUGUAUGAGAGAUAUAUGUUAAGAAUCUUAGUUACUUCUUCAAAAUGUAACAAUAGUGGGUUACGGUCUAAACUUUAAGCAAACUUUGUCAAUUUCUAAUUUUGUAUUUUUUUGUCUGGUACAUAACAUUAAAAAAUUAACCAAAGUAGAACUUCGAUUUUAAACCUAAAUUCCUUGUGAAUCAUAUUUGUAUAGAUUAAGCCAAGCUAUCCAAAAGGGUUAUUUUAUUUAUUAUGGAAAUUAAAUUUGUAUAUAAAAAUUA